UUUGUUUACGCAAUUGUUGCGCGGAGGAGAUGUAGGGGAACUGUGAGCAACGCCCGUUAUUUUAUUAUUCUGACUACCUCACAUGGUGUACAAGUUUAAUAAAUGUAAACUACUUCAGUGGAAUUCCAGACUAACUCGUCAUUAGCAGUGGAUAAGAUCCCAAAUGUGGGAAUUACCCCAGAGCAUUCGUAAAUUAGUCGGGACGACUACGGUCUGGAGGCGAGGAAGGAAAGAUAACAUUAUUCAAUUCCCCGUCCAGUUAGUGGCAGUAAUGCACCAUUAACAUUGGAUGCCAACCGCCGUUAAACCUGAUCGAAGAAGAAAAUAAGAUAACAUUCGUAUAGCAAUUGUGUUAUUCGAAGUUCAAUAUGCUUGGCUAGACUCUAGUUGGUUGAUAAACGAGAUUUCCACCUGAUAUACGUUGUCUGAGUGACACCUGCCGAAUGUAGCAACGUUACUAUUCGAAAGCCCUGGACUGUGACCAAGAUCAUGGACAACGGUAUACACAUCUCUUGGUUGUCUGUCAGCCUCUUGUUGUUGGCUUGGCAGGCGAUGCGACAGCUUCAUCCGGAGGCCAUUGCUGCGACCCAGAGCAAAGCGCUCUUCAGUCAGGCUGAGGAGGUUCUGCUGGCUAAGAUUCUUUCAAGCAGUCAGCCCAAGCUGGAGGUGUUCCAGGAGCUGCUGAGUAAGCAUCCUAGUGUGUUCUAUCCCUCCCGCACUCCCAAGAGCUUGUUGAUGCACUGGCAGCUACUCAAACAGUACUACCUGCUGGAGGACCAGAGUGUUCAACCUCUCCCUAAAGGCAACCAAGUUCUCAACUUCUCUGAUGCUGAGCAGCUGGUGGAUGAUGCUAAGCUAAAGGAGAGCAGGGAUGAGGUGCUGGAGCAUGAGCUGAUGAUCUCUGACCGCCAUCAGAAGAAAGAGAUAAGACAGCUGGAACAGGAGCUACCACGCUGGCAGGUCCUGGUGGACAGCAUCACAGGGAUGAACUCUCCAGACUUUGACAACCAGACACUGGCAGCACUGAGAGACCGGAUGGUUCGCUACCUUAUGAGGUCACGAGAGAUCACCCUGGGCAGAGCCACCAAGGACAAGCAGAUCGAUGUAGAUCUGUCUCUGGAAGGACCUGCCUGGAAGAUCUCCAGGAAACAAGGGGUCGUUAAACUGAAGAACAACGGAGACUUCUUCAUAGCCAACGAAGGCCGCAGGCCCAUCUACAUAGACGGCAGACCAGUCUUGUCUGGCUACAAGUGGAAACUCAACAACAACUCUGUGAUGGAGAUUGCCGGUCUUCGUUUUGUAUUCCUGAUCAACCAGGAGCUGAUCUCACUCAUCAAGGCAGAAGCAGCUAAGAUGAACCAGCAGUGAGAGAGAGAGAGCUGUGCUGCCUCAGUGGAGCAGACGCCAAGGCACAUGCCUUUGUCUACUGCCCAGCCAGCUCCUACAUACAGAGCAACAUACGGUUGCCUCCAGUGGACACACUGUACACCACCAGGAGCCUAGUAGAUGAGGUCCACAUGAAGGAGCACAGACUUGAAUCAAAGGAACCCUGAACCCCUUUGGUCAUGGUUAUACAGUGGAGUAAGAGCAGGACACCCACACACUGAGAAUGGUUGUGUUAUUUGGUAACCUUUCCACUGCUGGGCAUUUUAAGGUGAAUCCCAUCUCAAAGACCCUCAAUUAUACUUUCAUAACUACAGGACCAUAACACCAGUUUAGUCUUGUUUAAAUUGGCAUUCAUAUCAUGAGGUUCCACAGUGCAUAUAAGACAAUGAAUUGGUUUUAAUUCUGUUUCCUUUUUUCCCCCAUACAGAUUGGUUUAGAUUGAGCUGGUACAUGCAAAGAUGCAUUUAGGACCAGGAUAGGGAAUCACUUGGAAAGGGAUAUUGUGUAUGUAUGUACAGUUGAAGUCGGAAGUUUACAUACACCUUAACCAAAUACAUUUCAACUCAGUUUUUCACAAUUCCUGACAUUUAAUCCUACU